AUAUUUUGUUUACCGCUUAAAAUUUGUGAAAAAAUACUUAAUAAAAUAAAAAAAGUAAUUGUGCAAAAUGGAGCAUGAAUUUGAGGAUGGUUGGCAAGGGAGACCAAGAGCUGCUGGCGAAGAAGAGGAGCCCCAAGACUUACAAGAAACCAUUCAAGAAUGUUUAGAAAAGUUUUUAACACCAGAUUACAUUAUGGAACCUGGUAUAUUUUCACAAUUGAAACGUUAUUUUCAAUCAGGUGGUUCACCAGAAGAGGUUAUUGCUAUGUUAUCCGAGAACUACAAAGCAGUAGCACAAAUGGCAAAUUUGCUAGCCGAAUGGUUAAUUAUUGCCGGUGUGAAAGUAACAGAUGUGCAAGCAAUGGUUGAAAAUCAUUUAAAAGAUAUGGUGUUGAAAACUUUCGACCCUAAAAAAGCUGAUACUAUAUUUACGGAAGAAGGUGAAACUCCAGAUUGGUUAACCGAAAUGAUUGAUCAUCCCACUUGGCGUUCGCUUAUAUAUCGUUUAGCUGAAGAAUAUCCCGAUUGUUUGAUGUUAAAUUUUACAAUUAAAAUUAUUUCUGAUGCUGGUUUUCAAAGUGAAAUUACUUCCAUUUCUACAGCAGCACAACAAAUUGAAGUUUUUUCACGAGUUUUGAAAACUUCAAUAACAAAAUUUUUAAACAAUCCAGAAGACGUACAGGGCGCUAUACAGGAGUGUGCGCGUAUGGUUUGUCACGGUCAACAUACUUAUGUCUAUUCACAGGUAUUAAUGCAAGUAUUAAGUCAAGAACCUAAAGGUGGUUUCAAUAUGAAGCGAUUAUCACAAGAAAUUACAAAAUAUGCAUUACAAAAUAAUCAAAAUGUUACACCUAUUACAAUGGCACUGAAUGGUUCAGCAGGUUAUCCACAAGCUUGUCAGGCUUUAUCUUCAAUGUUGGCGCGUAACACUUUAAAUCCAGCUGAUAUAACUGUGCUCUAUCGCAAUUAUUCCACGGCUGACCCACCGCCAAUUGAUCUCAUUAGAAAUCCACAAUUUCUAGAAUUAUUAGUCGAUUCACUCUUUAAAGCUGGAGUUAAAAUCAAUCCUGAACACAAAUCGAAAUAUAUUUAUUUACUUGCUUAUGCUGCGGCAGUCAUUGACACACCAUCGAAAAAGCGUCCACCCGUAGAACGUGUAUUAAAUCAAGAUGAAUUAAAUAGUACCAUACAAGCCAUUGAAAAAGUACAUGGCAUAUGUAAUGUAAAUAAAGGAUCCACAGAACUUAUUGCUGAAUUGCAAACGCUUUAUAAUUGUAUAAAAUAUCCAGUUGUUGGUAUAGGUGUAAUACGUUGGAUUGAAAAUACUGUCACAGAGCCAUCGUAUUUUAAACUCUCCACUGACAGUUGUCCUACGCAUUUAGCUAUACUUGAUGAAGUCGCUGCUGUUCACGUGACAUUACAUCAACAAAUUCUACGCUUGCUUAUACGUCUUUUCGAAUCAAAACAAGAUGAAUUAGAGAUAUUAGUGCAUUUAGAAAUGAAAAAAAUGUUGCUCGAUCGAAUGGUUAAUUUACUAACACGUGGCUGUGUCGUUCCUGUCGUUAAGUAUGUGAAGCAGUGCGUGUUGAAGGGUGACACCGAUAUUUCUUUGAUAAGAUAUUUUGUGACUGAAGUAUUGGAGACUAUAACACAUCCAUAUUCACCUGAAUUUGUGCAACUAUUUUUACCUAUGGUUGAGAAUGAGGAAAUAACUGGUACUAUGCGUGGUGAAGGAGAUAACGAUCCAGUAUCAGAAUUCAUCGUACAUUGCAAAGCCCACUAUACAACUGUAUAAUUAUUAGGUGCAAACAAAUUAAUAAUAUAAGCAAAAUUCUUUCCAAGAAUAUUAUAUUUCAGUCAUUGGAAUUUGCUACUAUAUUUAAGAAGUCAUAAAAUGGUGUGAUUCAUGUUUUUGCGACAUAUUUAUUUGAAUAUUUGUUGCAAAUUUUAUAGCUUUUCCCAUUGAUACCUACGAUUUAACACAGGUAAAACAACCUAUUCAACAUCUAUUUUAUUGGAGAAAAAAAAAUAUAUAUAUGUAUAUUUACAUAUAUGUACAUUUAUAUCUAUUUAAAUUUAUCUAUGAAUUAUUCCAUAGAACACUGAUAAACUAAAUUACCACCUAUAAUCUAAUAA